CGGAGGCGGCCGGGUGGGCUCCGGUGGGGGCCGCCGCCACUCCGGGAAGCCGAGCGAGCCGCCAGAUGAUCGGGAGGCGGUCCCUGCUCGGCCUCACCUUUUGCACCUGCUACCUGGCUUCUCACCUCACGAACAAGUAUGUCCUGUCUGUCCUGAAAUUUACCUACCCUACGUUAUUCCAAGGGUGGCAGACAUUCCUCGGUGGACUUCUGCUUCAUGUGUCGUGGAAACUGGGCUGGGUGGAGAUCAACAGCAGCUCAAGAUCUAAUGUUUUGGCAUGGCUUCCUGCUUCAGUGCUGUUCGUGGGUAUAAUCUACGCAGGGUCCAGAGCUUUGUCCAGAUUGGUAAGUAUUAGAAUGUAUUCAACCCUGCAUCUUCUCAGUUCUUUGUCUUUGUGUUAUUUUCAUAAAUGUAUACAAAAAGAAAAAACAUCGCCCACAAAGAUCUGUAGUGCCCUCUUCCUCGUGGCUGCUGCAGGGUGCCUUCCCUUCCAGGACGCGCAGUUUGAUCCAGAUGGCUAUUUUUGGGCUGUAAUUCACUUAUUUUGUGUAGGGGCUUACAAAAUACUUCGGAAAUCCCAGAAGCCCAGCGUGUUAAGUGACAUUGACCAGCAGUACUUAAACUAUAUAUUCAGCGUGGCACUCCUGGUAUUUGCGUCUCAUCCCACAGGUGACCUCUUCAGGGCCCUGGACUUCCCAUUGCUGUAUUUCUACAGUUUCCACGGCAGCUGCUGCGCCAGCGGAAUUUUAGGAUUCUUUCUCAUGCUCAGCACAGUAAAGCUGAAAAGCAUUCUGGCCCCAGGGCAGUGUGCAGCCUGGAUUUUCUUUGCUAAGGUCACCACAGCCGCCUUGUCACUGGUGCUGUUUGACGUGAUCCUGACCCGUGCGGCUGUGGGAUGCUUCCUGCUUGGUGGACUUGGCGAGGCCCUGCUGGUUUUCUCAGAGCGGAGGAGUUCCUGAUGAAGAUGGGCAGGAAGAGCAAACACACGCCUUGCUGCUGGAGCAGAACACAGAACUCUGACCUCCCUCUUGAGAGACAGAAAGAACACACCACAGAGAGACCAAGCUGAACUCAGUGUUUGUGAUGAUCCGAACAUCCCGUUUUCUCAUUGCUCAGGGGAGGGUUUCCCAGGGGCCCCCCCACACUGCUGCAGAGAAAGGGUCCAUUUUACAUCUUCCCAUGCUGGACCGUCUCCACUCUGCUGACCCAGUUCUGCAGAGUCAGGAAGCAGAGGAUCUUAGUGGGAUGGCUGCGUCAUCUGGAUGGACUGUAGCCUCUGCACUAAGCCGGCCUUCCACCAGACACUUGUACAGUUGCGGUCACAGUCCCAUGGAGUCUUGUUGCAUUGUUCUCAUGUUGUUUUGUGUCUUUACAUCUUGGAGUUUCUUCUAUUCUUUGAUUUUUCUGGUUUACCUGGAGCCAUACCACCCACAGAAAACAAGACAUGUAUGCUCCUGAGGGCCAUGUAGGGCAGGGCAGGUGUGGGGCCUGAGCAGGGGUUCUGGAUCAAGUGAGACACCAGGAAAAAUCUUUAGGCUGUGUUCUGAGUGGAGGCCUUUUGACGGAUGAUGAUUUAUUUCCAGCUUCUAAAUUUUUCUUGGUUCUUGUGAAUUUGUCAGGAUGUGUUGAAUUCUGUAGACUCUUGACCACCAUUAGGUUAAGCUGGUGACUAACCAGUUACCCGAAGCCUUUUAAGACUGGGUGGGUCUUAAACACCUCACCUGCUCUGCCUCCUGAGUGCCGAGACUGCAGGUUAUUCUUUAACACAUGUAAUGGCUUCACAUCUCAGACGAGAUCUCAAGGCACUGAACACUGGGUUUUAUCUCUCACACCAGAUGAAUGAUUGGAGUAAAGUCCCACACCUUACCACUAGAGAAGAAACUACUUUACACAAAAUAGUCACUUGAUUCCAAAUCCAUUAAGGCUUAAAAAAAUAAUGUUUCAGUGUAGAUAUUUCUUCUCACUGAUUUUACAAAUACUUGACUCUGGCAAGUGUCACAGAGUUUUGGUCAUACUGAGGUAACUUCACCAGCCCUGAAGUGUAGGAGACCUGUGCCAUUGUUAGAGACCCUUGGGGCUCUGGGAACUUGUCCCAGGCUCAGUCCGAGGAAGAAUGAAGUCAGCUCCAUUAUUGCUGAAUGAUUUUUUUCCAACUUGUUGGAAAACAAAGAAAAUGAAACAAUAGAAUAGAUUUAUAUAUUAAGAAUGUGAGGAUCUUUAGCUCAUGUCUUUUUCUGGCCUCUGUUUAUCAUUUAAGGUAAAAAUGUUCCAAGACUUAAUGCU